UACUAAUAAUUCUCCGAUUUUCUCUUACAUAUAUACAUAUUUUUUUCUCCUUUUUAAUUGGUGCAAUUAAAUUUUCAUGUCUUUCCUCAUGCCAUCUUCCCUGAUCUUGGUGAAUCUUUCGUUCGUACAAUGAAGUGCAGUGAAUCCCUGAAAAAUUCAUUUAAGAUCAAGAAAUCGUUCGAUAUCGUUUAUUAUUAAUACCAACAAGUUUCGUGACGUUUCGACGAGUGUUCCUCUCGGAUCCAUCCAAUUUCUUCUUUCAAUGUGAUUUUACUCCUGCACGUGAAUUAUGAAAAGGAUACAUCAUCUCUCUUCUUCGAAUGUAUACAAAGAAUAAUCAAAUUCGAUGAAUUAUUGAGAGUUCGUUAUUAAAGAGGAUUAUCAGAAGAGGAUCAAAAGAUUUUUAUAAGUCUCGAAGUUUCUUCUCGUGCACAAAAACCGACCGCCAUGGACAAGAUCGAGAAUGGAGUUUACAAGACAAAUGGUUACACGAACGAGGCGUUCCAGAUGGAGAACGUGUACUUGGAGCAAAAAGGGACCGACGAGAAAGCAGAAAAGGGAGACCCUCAAGAUGGAAACACCCCAGUCGCCAGACCAGAAUGGGGAGGGGGUCUGGAAUUCUUGAUGGCCUGCAUCGCCGCUUCCGUUGGCCUGGGGAACGUAUGGAGAUUUCCGUUCACCGCUUACGAGAACGGGGGAGGUGUUUUCCUCAUACCGUACCUCAUCGUCUUGAUUUUCGUUGGCAAGCCUUUUUAUUCCCUGGAAGGUCUCCUCGGCCAAUUCACCAAUAAAUCAUGCGUGAAAACCUGGGCCAUGGCACCGGCCAUGAAAGGCUUGGGAUAUGGUCAGGCAAUCGCAGCAUUCUCCAUUGUCACGUGCUAUAGCGCCUUAAUGGGUUUGACGCUCUAUUAUCUGGUGGUCAGUUUCCAAGCUGAACUACCCUGGUCCUAUUGUCAACCUGAGUGGAAGGAUCAGUGCUUCGACAUCCUCUCGAAAGACAACAACGCAGACAAGUCUCGCAAUAAUACCACUCCUCUCCUCAGCUCUGCAGAAUUGUAUUUCAGGAAGAUCGUUUUGAACGAGUACGAUUCGAUUGAAGAUGGUAUCGGGACACCCUCCUGGCAGCUUUCUAUCUGUCUCUUCGUCAGUUGGGCAACGAUAUUCGGCGUCUUGUGCCGCGGGGUGAAGAGCACAGGGAAAGCAGCGUACUUCCUUGCCAUAUUCCCCUAUGUCAUUAUGAUAUGCCUGUUAGUGAGAGCGGUGACUCUCGAGGGAGCUGGUAAUGGGAUCCUCUUCUUUAUCACCCCGGAUUGGAACAGACUCUGGGAUCCAACUGUUUGGUACGCUGCCAUUACCCAAUGUUUCUUCUCUCUCUCCGUCUGCUUCGGCCCGAUUCUCACAUAUUCUUCUUACAAUAACUUCAGACACGGCGUCAGCAGAGACGUAAUGAUAGUGACGACAUUAGACACAAUCACCAGCCUGAUAGCAGGGUGCACGAUUUUCGGGAUUCUUGGAAACCUGGCCCACGAAAUGGGCACCACAGACAUAACGACGGUGGUUCGCGGUGGUACAGGCCUCGCUUUCGUUUCCUAUCCCGAAGCUUUGUCCCAGUUUCAGGUGGUCCCUCAGCUUUUCGCUGUCCUGUUCUUCGUGAUGAUGUUCGUACUCGGCGUCGGGAGCGCCGUGGCCCUUUGCAGCGCCGUUUUCACUAUACUAUGCGAUCACUUCCCCAACGUGACACACUGGAAGAUAGUACUCCUCCUUUCCAUCUUUGGGUUCGUCGUUAGUCUCGUCUACGUCACUCCCGGUGGCCAAUGGUUCGUAACGCUGGUGGAUUAUUACGGUGGCACCUUCGUGGCGAUCAUCGUCGGCGUUUUGGAGAUAAUAACGAUAUUCUGGAUCUACGGCCUGACGAAUUUUAUCAACGACGUCGAGUUCAUGCUCGGCCAGAAGCCGUGGUUUUAUUGGAGGUUCUGUUGGGCUGUAAUCACACCGAUAUUAAUGAUCGUUAUUCUAGUGUGCACGAUCGCUACCUACGAACCACCUACUUACGAUGGUGUACCGUUUCCAGCUUACGCUUACGGAAUUGGCUGGUUCCUACUGUCUUUAGGGGUCCUCGCGAUCGUCGGUUGCAUCGUACAGAAAUUAGUGCAACUGAGGUCAUCGUCGUUAAUCGAGACUGUGAAAGCAGCGUUCAGGCCCUGCGAGGAGAAAUGGGGUCCCAACGAUCCCAAGACUCGGCUGGAAUGGAAGGAGUUCAUAGCUGAAAGGAACUUCCAAUAUCGCGGUGGUUUCGUCGAAACUUUUUUAAAGUAAACAAUAAAACGAUCAAAUGCACGCACCAA